AUGAAAAUUAAUCAUCUCAAUACUGAAAUUUGUAAUCAUUGAUUUUAUCAUUACAAGAAGAUAAAUUGGACCUUGAGAAUUAUGGUCAUUCUGUUAGAUCUCUAUUAAAAGUGACUGAAUAAGAUUAAGAAAUAAAUUUAUAUGAGAAUUAGAACUCAAGGACACAUAGAUAAGGUGAUCUUGCAAGUAUUAUGAUUGAUUCCAAAAAUAAGUAUUUCCCUAACUAAAUUAGAUUGAGCACAACAAGUAAUCGAUAAUAAAGAAUGAGAGCAGUUAGUUUUCAAACCAAUAAACCCAUGCUUAAUUAUAAGGAAGACAGUCCAAUAUAAUCAGAAAGCUAAAACUCUAUGGAAAAUAUUGGUUUCAGUAAUAAAAUUUGGAAAACAAAGGCUUUAGAGAUUCUUAUGAUAACAUUGCGAUUUAUUAGUUUUAUAACAAAAUCAAAUUUCGCAACAAGCUUUAAAUUAAUUAAGAAAAAUGUAUUUGAUAUAAUUGGGGAUGUUUCAGCAGAUUUUGAAUUUUAUCAAUUACGGAAUUUCUUUAAAUAUGAAGUAUAAAUAGUGAUAAAUUCUAGAAACCAACAGGAUUUUAGAAAAUGAUUUAUUUUUUGAGUCAGAGCAUUUUAGUUCCAAUAAGAAAAACUAAACUAUUAAAAAUAUAUUUUGGGAAUUAGAAACUGAUUUUGAGACCAGAAUCAUUGGCUUCUAUUUGGUGGAAUAUUUAUAUAUUGACAAUAUUGAAUAUCAAUGUUUUAUAUGUAUCAGCAAAGAUAGCAUUUAAAUUUGAUGAUAGUACAAAUGAUGAACUUUAAUAAGCAAGAUAAAUUAUAUUUGAUGUUUUACCAUCUUAUUCAUUUAUGCUUGAAAUAUUAUUGAAAUUCAAUACAUGUUAUUAUAAUAAAGGAGCAGUGAUAGAGAAUAGAUACUUGAUAGCUAAGAACUAUUUUAGAUCAUGUAAAAUUGACAAUUUAAAAUUAGCAUUUUUGUUUGAUAUCUUUGUAAUAAUUCCAUAUUUUGUAAGUUUAAGAUUUGAUUUAGAAUAUUUGGAUUUGGUUAUUAUAUUAAAAGUGUUUCAAAUUAAAAAGUUCUCUAGAACUUUAUUUGAUAGAUUAGAAUUAACAGCAAUUUAGAUUGUUAUCUUUGAUUUAAUUAAAUUAGUUUAUACAAUAUUGGCAGCUGCUCAUUUUUCAGCUUGUCUUUGGUUUUUAGUAGGAUCAACAGGUGAUCCAAGUGGAAAUUCAUGGAUUAAAGUAUAGAAUAUAGAAGAUGAAUAUUGGUUUAAUUAAUAUUUACAUUCAUUUUAUUGGAGCAUAAUAACAAUGACAACAAUAGGAUAUGGUGAUAUUACUCCAUAAAAUUUAAGAGAGAGAGUAUUUGCUGUUGGUAUGGCAUUAUCAGCAGUAGGUGUAUUUGGAUAUUCAAUAGGGAAUAUAAAUACUAUAUAUGCAGAAUGGAAUAGAAGAAGUUUUUAAGUGAGAACUGAUAUGAAUAAUUUAAAGAAAUUUAUACGUUUAAAAGGAAUUAAUAAACAUUUAGCAGAAAAGAUUAGAAAAUAUUUUGAAUAUUUAUGGAGUGAUUAAAUGGAAGAUAAUGAUAGAGAAGUGUAUAAAUUUAGUGAUUUGAUACCAAAAUAAUUGGCAGAAGAAAUGAAGAUUGAUACUAAUAUGAAAUUGAUUUCUAAAAUUAAUUUCCUUACUUAGAAUUUUAGUGAAUAAUUUUUGAUAUCUCUAUCUAAAACAAUGGUAGAAGAGAAAUUCUUACCAGAAUCUACAAUAUAUUAAGUAAUUUAUUUAUUUAUUUGUAAAAAUAGUAAUAUGAUCCAAGUGAUUAUUUAUAUAUUUUAUCAAAUGGAAGUCUUUCAUUUUAUAUUACUUUGAAUAACAAAUAAUAAACUGUUAAAGUUUUAGAAACUGUUAAAUAAGAAGGUAUACCUUUUGGUGUAUUGGAAUUCUUUUAAUCUUAAGCUUACUAAAUGUCAUGUAAAUCAAAUCAAUUUUCUUAUGUCUUAAGAAUAGACAGAUCUCAAUUUUUAGAUAUUCUCAAAUAACAUUAAAAUGAUUAUGUAGAAUUCUCGAUAGUAUUAUUAUUAGUUUAAGUAUUGUGAAUUAGUACAAUAAAUCUCAUUUAUGAACAAAUAAGAAUUAGUUGAUGUUACAUGUCGAGCUUGCAAUAAAUCAACUCAUAUAAUUAAAGAAUGUCCGUAAGUAGAUUAAUAUAUAUUAGAAUGGUAUGUGGUUAUCCAAAUAGAGUCAAAGUUUUACUAAAUUAUAGAAGGAAUAUUCCAUCUGAUAGAGUGAAAUACAAAAGGAAAAUAGAGAGAAAGAUAUCUACAAGAAAGGAAUCUCUUGAUAUAAGGAAUAGUAUCUAUUUAUAUAUGUGCAAAACUUAAAUGUUUUCAUAAGAACUAGAUGAUUAGCGGUAUUUAUUUGACAGUAGAGGUAAUCAAGAUUUGAUAUCAAUAAAAAGGAGCUAGUUUUGCUGAUAGUGCUAAUGAUGAAAUUAUAGAAAAUUAACCAGAAGUUGAUAAGGAAUUGCUUAAUAGUACAAUAUUGGCCUUAGAUAGAAAUUCAAGAUUAUCAAAAUAAUAUAAAAAACGUAAAUUAACUUUUUAAGCAUGUACAGAUGCAUUGAAGGAUGAAGAGAUUGUAUAUUAAUUAUGUUUAAUAAUUAGAGAGAUAAGAUUUUAGAAGUUAUCAGUAAGAUAUAAAGAGCUGAAAGAUAAAGUAUUUCUUAAAAUAAUUUCUCCAAUCAAAAUCUUUAAUAGAUGUAAUUGAAUACUAGAUAAUAAAAUCAUUAAAAUACUGUGUUGAGUAAUAAGAGUAAUUAGGAUUCAGAUAAGAAAACAGGAGAAUAUAUAAGAGAUUAAUAGAGAAGAUAAACUAAAAUAAUCAUUACUCCAUUUAUAAAAGUAAAUGAUAAUUCAAUGGAAUAUUUAUAUUUGAAUAAGAAUUUGGAAGAAGAUCAAGGUAAGAAGAUGGGUUAAUAUUUGGAGAUUUUCGAAGGAUUUGAUAAGGUAAAGAAUUUUGAAUAUUUUUUGAAACAUAAUAAUAUUAGAGAAAUAGCUAGAUAAUUUAAGAAUAUAAUAAAAAAUUAUAGAAAUAGAAAUUAAAAUAAAUAAGAAAAAAUAAAAUUUAUUUGA